AUGGGGGGCGGGCGGAAAAUAAAGCAGGGAGCUGCAGAAGUAGCUCCGAUAUUCCGGAGCCGCAAAGAUGGCGGCGCCACGCGGGAGGAAGAAGAUGGCCGCGAAUAUGACUCAGACUCAAGUGACAGGAGCAGAACAAUGGCAGCUACACCCCUCACCAAAGAGGACCUCCGCCAGCUACUAAGUGACAUUAAGGCAAAUAUGGCUACAGAAUUUGACAGGCACCUCACACCCAUCAGAGAAG